GAUGGGGGUGUAUAUAUAGGAGGAGAAUCCAUGGCCAACCCUCCAGUUUCCAGCAAUAGCCAGGGCCGAAAUGUUUUCUAGUGCAAUUCUCAUCUUCAUUCUAACCACAGCCACUGCUUCCCCAUUCCCAAAAGUUCGAAGCGGCCUGAGUGGCGCGAAAACAAAGCGAUCCUCAGACAGUAUAAUCAAAGAUUGCUUCCAUGUGGCCAGCACUGAGGGUCAUUAUUACUACAGAUCCACCAGCAACGACCCUACAGUCUGUGGUUUUUAUGUUGUCGCAGAUCCAAGCCAAGUGGUUGAGAUAUUCUUCGACUAUUUAGACGUGCCCUGCAAUACUGGAGGACUUGUUGCAGUAGUUGAUGGAUGGGAAUUGAACGGAGGCUACUUCCCCACCGUCUCGGAGCACCCACUUCCUUUGGAGCAGAGAGUAUCGGAAUUCUGCGGCUUGACUGCACCUUCAAAGGUCUUCAUCACCUCUCAAAAUGCUGCGUUGAUUCAGUAUCGAGUACCGAAACAAUCAAAAGGAUUUUCUUUCAAAGUGAACUUUCUCAAAAAUCCUUCACCUUGCAAUAUGCUUAUUGAUGGUCUCGAAGAUCUUUACACCGUGAGACAAACUGGUAAGGCAUCUAACUGCAGCUUAAUGGCACUGUACCCAGUACACGCUUCAAUCCUUUCGCUGAACGUCGGUGAGACUGUCCCAGGGUUUAACAAGAAAGAAACAGGAACUAUGAGAAGAUGUCAAGAGUCUGGAUUAAAAGAUUACGUUGAAAUCAGUGGCGGCUAUGAUCUCGUGACCCCGAAACAAAAACAGGCAGAAACAUUUUGCGGAGUCGAUACGUAUCCGAGGCCAACUGAAGAGACAGUUCUGUGCGGAAUCUCAACUAUCAAACUUGUUUCUAGUGGAGAAUAUGAUAAUAUUCUUGUGGUCAAAAUACGUCAGGCAGGUGAACAAGAUUUGUUGUCCCCUACCAUCAUUUGUGACUAAAGAAACCGACAGAUCCAUUACCUUCAAAAACUAUCAUAAAAAUUUUAAAAAAUCUGACAAUGUAGUGGCUAGUUUUAUUAUACCUCAAAAAUUUAGUUUAGCAGCUAUAUUUAUUUUUAAUUAAAGACUGAAUAAUUUACAGUAAUUUUAAAUAAUAAUGAAUUCUAUUCUUUUUUCAUUUAUUAAAAAAUAAACUAAAAAGAAAAGAUUAUGUAAAUUAUACCUAUUUUAUUUAUAAUUAUUGUUCAAGUUGAAAUAACAACGCCAUUAUUCAUCAAGCCCUUGCUAGUUGUUGGUAAUGAAACAAAAAAUUAUACACCCUUAUGGUCAGAAUAUGUUUAAGGUGUAAUAAAUAUAAACACAAACUCACAUAAAAUUGUUUUCUUUU